AUACGGAAAAUGCGCGUGUAAAAAAAAUAAAAAUCAAUGAUGAUUCAUUUAUUCCGUUACAGAAGAAGAGAGCAGAAGCUUCUUCUUGGUUAUACCUUGACAGACAAAUCAGCGAGUGGGAACAUUUUCAUUUUGUGUUUGGUGGAGAUGCCUAUUAGGAGCUUGGUAGAGGUGGAGCCACCAAGCCCACUGAGAUACUUGAUCGGUGCCGCCGUUAUGAUGAUCGGAGUAGUGUUACCCGUCGGUUACAUGAUGUUCCGUAACAAGCGCGUCCCCUCCUCUUCCUCCUACUCCAAACAGACGAACAAGGUUUUGAUUUGAUAUAGAGAAUUAGAGAUGUGCUGAGGCCUGAUGAUGAUGGUGGCGGCUAUGAUGUGAGAAGCCUAUGGUUUAGUGGAUUUGGAUUGAUUAACUUAGAGGCUUCAGCAGAUAUGCCAUUUGUUCAAUUGUAAAUGCAUUUUGACUUCCCAAAUCUUCUUAGUGCUUUUUCACUUCAUUCUGAACUCAUACAUGCUGCCUGUUUUUCCAUCUAGAUACACUUGGUCUUCAUAUUGUGUAGUACAAAAAAAAUUCAAUGCACGGGAUUUGCUUUUAUUUGUUUAUUUGUAAGCUAGAAGAAAGAUCUGACGGUUGCUGCUUCCUUUAACUAUUUGAUCAUGGUUUUUUUCUAUGAGGAUACUCAA